GCAAACCUUAACCUGCCAUUAAACUCACAGAGAGGGAAUGGCAGAACCAGCCCAGGCCCCGCUGUCCCGUCUGCUUGUGCCCGUGCUGCUGGCGCUCGGCUGGAUCGUGGGCUGUGCCCUCAUGGUUUACAUCGUCUUCUCCUGAUGGCAGGAAGUGACAGCAGUGUCACACAGCAGUGUCACACAGCAGUGUGGUCAGAACAACUUACAGUGAUGUUGAUUAGAAGAACCUGGAAGUUCGAUUGAGAUUUCUGGUGACUGAAAUAAGUAUAAAAUGAGUUAUUUUUAAUAUCAACGCUGCAAAUGUUGUACGCACUUUUUAUCCACAGCAUUAGGAAGAGUCAUCAAACCAAUUCCCCUGUUUCCAGAUGGUUUGCAAUGAGGGAGUGGGUUUUGGGUUYUCUUGCCUGCUUGCUGAACAGCAAACUUUAAAACUAGCUGCUACCAGCUAAGGAACUUCACGCUUGCUGGAAACAGUCAAGGGUUAAUUUCCCAUGGGGCCUGGGGAAGUAUUUUUAGCCUUAUUACGGGGAAAAUCUCUUGGAAUCUAUUGUUAUGAAACAGAAACAUGUAC